AUGGCACAGUCAAGCUCUAAAUAUCUCUAUGAGGGUAGGAAAUGGCAGCCCUCGUCAACAUCAGCAGUGUAUUUGCCUACAAAGUACGCCUCAAAGGAUCUUUUAGGCAAUUACAAUCAUCGUGAUUUGAGCUUGGAUUCGACCCCAAAGGUUGGCAUCCCACCCAGCGAGAUACAGAAUCCUUUCUUACAGAACACGUCUGUCCAUCAGGGGACAUUCUAUGUCAUAUUUCUUCCCAUUGUGGCCGGAUUUGUGCUCGCUUUUUUGAUAGGUUCCGCUUACCAUAGGUUUCGAGCCAAGAGCCAGGCUAAGGACGUGAACUCAACGGAUGAGUCUUUUGACUCAGACUAUUCAGAACCACUUGAUGAAGGAGGAGCAAUGCUUGGAUUUUUGAGAGACCGAUCCCAUCGUGUUGCAAACGAGAUUACCAACCCUCGAUGUUCCAAAGCGCCCAACUCUAGCACUAAGUUGCCAGCCAACAAAGAGAAAGUGUAUUAUCAGCCACUGACGGAUAAACAUGAUGUCACUACUCUCCAGUUGAGGAAGCUCGAGAUCUCUCCAAGCCCCAAUUCACCCUUUUCACCGCCUCAGCGACCCUCGCUGCCAAAGAAAGCAAUUAGUAGUGUUCUUCUGGAUGAAUUCAUUGAAACCGGGGAGAUACCUGCCAUUGUUGAGCCGCUGGCCUCGAAUGAUACAAAAGAACACACACCUGAUCCUUAUCUGAGUUAUCAAAGCUCUUCUCCUUCAAGAGCCUCGAGGACAUCGCGAUCGAGUCACAGCUACAGCCGAAGCCCUAAAAGGCAUUUAGUGAGCUCUAAAAGUCUUUCAAGGAGUGACAAGAGUUUGGGGCUUCCUUCAAAUUGA